CGAUCCAAAUUUCAAAAUUCAAAAAAUAAGGUAAGAGCAAAAAACUUCCAAAUUGUCUUUUUCACUGUUCCUGCAGACCUAUGUAUCUUUUCACAGAUGUCUGACAUCAACUUAACUGCCUAUAACGUCUUCCGACGCGAUCUGGCCAGAAUAUUCAAGACAUUCAAUUCGUAUACACAAACCGAUUUUACUGAGGAAAUCAGCACAAACACCGACCUUGAUUGCAAAUCCGAUUUAGAACAAGACCUAUCUCAAAUUUACGACCUGGACUUGGAUUAA